AAGAUAUAUAUAUGUGCUUGGUAUUCUUUUAAAAUACUACCCGUAAGGUGGAGAGUUAAAGCAAUACCUUGUAAACCAGAUGAAGCUCGUUCAGUCCAGCAUUAGGAAAAUCAAUAAAUAUUGUUAGCAGAAUCUUGCGUGAAAAUAUCUAUGUUUAUAUCAAGAGAAAGUGUGUAUGCCAAUACUCCUUCAAAGUGUAUACAUGUUUUGUUUCUAUAGAAACGGUUCAAUACUACAUUCCUGAAACUAAAUCUGACAGUUUGCGAGAGUUUAAGUCUGUCGGAGUUAACGUAGUAGAAUAAAACAGCUUAUGUGAAUCGCCAAAGACUACGUCUCGUUUUAUUAUUCUUUUAAGUCUUCUGCGUGAUGUGAAAAGAUAUCUUUGCUGGCUAAACCGACUAAAACAAAACUUCUUAAAGUCUCAGUUUUGCGCUUAUCUUUUUAACUAACGAAAAUUGUUCGAUUAAUUAAAGACACACAGCCUCAGUCGUUAAAACUACUGACAAAAAAUGGGAGGUUUAAACAUAAACAAUCGAGAUCCUAAUAUCUUGAAUGAGUACCUACAGGUAGAAUUCGAUGAUAUCAUUGCCGAACCAGAGGGCACCUACUCUGUUGACUGUGUGUGGAAAGCUGCUUAUUUUCUCUUCACGGGAACAAAGAAUUGCUGCUACAAGUUUCUUACUAUCCUAUGUGCCUUUCCAAUUGCUCUAGCAGUCGGUUGUAGCUUCGCAAUUCUGUCAUUCCAACAUAUCUGGUGUAUUGGCCCAGCUAUUCGUCAUUUCAGAAUCAACUGCCACAUUGUCCGAAUGUACGUCCGAACCUGUCUGGAUUCGUGCCUUGCCCCUUGCUGCAUCGUAAUGGGAAAUAUUUUUAGUCGAAUCUCCAUUACAAAAGGCCCUCUGCCGGAAGAUGAAGUUAUCUGAAAUAUGGAUAUUUUUGUGUGUGUGUACAAGUUGAGAGAUUUCACAAAGUAAAACACAAGCCUAAUGAUUUUAAAACACAACUGCAAUAAGCGUAAAUUGUUAGGCUGUUGUUAUUCUGCACAAUUAGAAUGAUAGCAUGUGAGUUUUACAGUUGUGCUAUACUGUUUUAACUACUGCAUUGGAUAUUAGAAAUUUUAAAACAUAUCGUUAAAAACGGUUUGGAUUGACCCAAGAAUAAUAACGUAUCGUUAUAUACUAUUUUGUAUCUUUUAUUGAUUUGUAGUUUUGUAAUGUCAAAUUUCAAAAACAAAAGUUGAAAAAUAUGGCCUCACAUCCUUUAUAAUAUUUCAGUUGAAAAUUUUGCUUGUAAAAUAUCUCAACUUGUAUGCAACAUCAC